AUGGCACCGAUUCACCGCGUCACCCUGUUCAAGAUUGAAAGCGAAAAUGACCGGCAGCACUUGCUAGAACUGUACCGGCAGAUGCCGACCAAGGCAGUCAAGGAUGGCAAGCCGUACAUUCAGUCGGUGACGGCUGGGCCGACCAAGCCGGACCAGCGGGCGCAGGGGUUCACAUUUGCCGCCAUUUCCGUCUUUGCGUCCCUCGAGGACAUGGAGUACUACGACAAUAGCUGCGCGGCGCAUGCAAACCUCAAGGAGUUUGCGAAAAAGGCGCACUCGGGCGCCAUGAUGGUGUAUUUGGAGAAUGGGCUGUAA